GCGCUCUAUUGAUACUUUCAAUCUUUACUUAAUACGUUAAAGGAAGGUACAGUAGCUUAACGGUGAUGAAUAACAAUAUUUUCAUUGACUUGGAAGAGUCUGAAGCCUUGUUUAAGGUGUAUCAAGACCUGUUCCCGUCAAAAAAGAUUCCUAGUUCUUUUGAAUUCAACAAGUCAAUUUCAAUUCAGGAGAACUUGGAUAACCUUGCAUUAUAUGCCGUGAAUCCAAGAUAUACAAUUCCAGUGUUUUAUUCAUACAAUCAAAUCUUUCUCGAGUUAAUUUCAAGGUGGAUAUUAGAACCUGCCAAAUUUGAAAAUGCCCUUCAUUCAACUAAUAAGAUUCAAGGCUCUGUAAUCCUUAAAGCAUUAUCAAGAUUAAUCCAAAUUUCAGAAGAAUCUGUAAGCUUGAUAGAAUUCUACGUUAAAUCAAAUGAACUCGAAGGAAUUCUUUUAGCAUUUUACAGAUUAUUAAGCUUAGACACUCAUAGAUUCAAACAAUUUAUUACCCCUGAUGUAUUAUAUUCCAUAUUAAAAAUCGAAAAUGAUUCCGGAAAGGACAUUUCCAAAUAUCUUUCUAUCCAAAUAUUAUCUAAAUACCUAGAAGUUUCCGAAGUUUCUAGGAGAAAGAUGUUAUCUUCUCAUGUCGGUGAUGAUAACGAAUUAUUAGGCUCUUACGAAACCGAUGAUGAAGUGAGCUAUAAAUUCUUACCUGUAUUGGAAGCAAAAAGAUUGUCCAACUUUACGAAUCUUCCAGCUAGACAAACUAAUAUAACUAAGAGUAAUAAAAUUAUUGCAGUUGAACCAAAAGAUAUUUCUACUUUGGUCACCUCUAUUUGUGGUGUUUUAGUUCCUCAUUUUAUACAUUCUGAAAAUACCCUUGAUUCAACUUGUGAAGAUAACUUUGUUCCUACAGAUAAAUCAAUUUAUGUUUUACGAAAAUUAGCUCAUAAUAUUCAAGUAAAUAAACCUGUUAUGUUAUAUGGUAUGGCUGGUUCAGGUAAAACUUUUCUUAUCAAUCAAUUAGCUAAAUACAUGAAAUACGAUGAUUCAAUUGUUAAGAUUCAUUUGGGUGAACAGACAGACUCGAAACUUUUAUUGGGUACAUACAGCUCAGGAGAAAAACCAGGUACCUUUGAGUGGAGAUCUGGGGUUUUAACCACUGCCGUGAAAGAGGGUAAAUGGGUUUUAAUUGAAGAUAUCGACAAAGCUCCAACUGAAGUCUUAUCUGUUUUAUUAACUUUAUUAGAAAAAAGAGAACUCAGCAUUCCAUCAAGAGGUGAAAUCGUGAAGGCAAAGAAUGGAUUUCAAUUAAUCUCCACAAUCAGAAUCGCAAAUGAUACUUCAAAAAUCACUAUUCCAGAUAUAAUAGGUCUCAGAAUGUGGGAACUCAUUCAUGUUCAACUUCCAAGCGAUAUGGAUCUUAAAAAUAUUUUAAGUACCAGGUUCCCACUUUUAGAUAGAUUGGUUAUAAAAUUUAUUCAAUGUUUCAAAGAAAUUAUAAGGAUUUAUUCAUCUAGUUCCUUCAUUUCACUUAAUAAAGGCUCUCAUCCAAGAGUUAUCUCUUUCAGAGAUUUAAUCAAAUUUUGUUCUAGAUGCAAUAGAAUGCUUAUAAACCUUGGAAUCAAGUCUACAGACCAACUCCUAGAAUCUUCCAUUUAUGAUAAUAUUUUUGCCGAAGCUGUUGAUUGUUUCGGUAGUGCUAUAACUGAAUACUCUGCAUUACUUCCAUUGAUCAGUGCUAUAGGUGAGGUUUUAGAAAUUCCUUCCUCUAGGAUCAAUUUAUUCCUCAAUAAGCAUAUUCCUUCCUUUUAUAAUGAUGAUGAAAAAUUACAAAUUGGAAGAGCUACCUUGAAAAAAUCUCUUACUGAUAAGGCUUUAUUUUCAAACAAAGCUUCUGCCAAUAAUACUGCAUUUGCUAGGACCAAUCACUCAUUGAAAUUAAUGGAGCAGGUUGGUGUUGCAAUAGAUAUGGUUGAACCAGUUUUAUUAGUAGGUGAAACCGGGACUGGUAAAACAACGGUUAUUCAACAAAUUGCCAAAAUGAUGAAUAAAAAAUUAACUGUUAUUAAUGUUUCACAGCAAACUGAAUCGGGUGAUUUAUUAGGUGGUUACAAACCAGUCAAUACCAAAACAGUUGCAGUUCCUAUUCAAGAAAUUUUUGAAAAUUUGUUUAUGGCCACUUUUUCCAAAAAGAAGAAUGAAAAAUUCGCUACCAUUUUAUCGAAAUGUUUCAACAAAAGCCAGUGGAGAAACGUGAUAAAAUUAUGGAAUGAAGCUAUAAGAAUGGCCAAAGAUAUCUUAUCAAAAGUUGAAAAUGACUCUGAUGAAGAAGGAGGUCCUAAGAAGAAACGUAAAUUGAAAUCACACGAAAAAUCUGUUUUAUUGGAUAAAUGGGUAGAAUUCGAAAAUAAGGUCAAAGAUUUUGAAUUCCAAGCAUCUUCUUUGGAGAAUUCUUUUGUUUUCAAUUUUGUUGAGGGUUCAUUGGUGAAAGCUGUGAGAAACGGUGAAUGGUUACUUCUUGACGAAAUUAAUUUAGCAUCUUCAGAUACCUUAGAGAGUAUUGCUGAUUUAUUAUCAGAAAGCUUAGACCAAAGAUCGAUUUUACUUAGUGAAAGAGGUGAUAUUGAUGAUAUCAAGGCACAUCCAGAUUUUAGAAUUUUUGGAUGUAUGAAUCCAUCUACGGAUGUUGGUAAAAAAGAUUUACCUUUGAGUAUACGUUCAAGAUUAACAGAAAUAUAUGUUCACUCACCAGAUAGAGAUAUUCAAGAUUUAUUAUCUAUUAUCGAUAAAUACAUCGGUAGAUUUGCCGUUGGUGAUGAAUGGGUUGGAAAUGAUAUUGCAGAAUUAUAUUUAGAGGCCAAAAAGUUAUCAGAGUCCAAUAAGAUUGUCGAUGGUGCUAAUCAAAAACCUCAUUUUAGUAUUCGUACCCUUACUAGAACCUUGCUUUAUGUUUGUGAUAUAAUAUCAGUAUAUGGAUUGAGAAGGUCUUUGUUUGAAGGGUUCUGCAUGUCUUUCUUAACUUUAUUAGACAUUAAAUCUGAAAAUAUCUUGAAACCACUUAUAGAAAAAUAUACCAUUGGUAGACUUAAGAAUAUCAAAUCAGUUAUGUCUCAAUGUCCUCCACUUCCUAGCACAGAUGCUGAUAAAUAUGUCCAGUUCAAACACUACUGGUUAAAGCGUGGUCCUGGGGAGAUUGUCCCACAACCACAUUAUAUCAUCACACCCUUUGUUGAGAAAAACAUGCUUAACUUGGUUAGAGCUACUGCUGGUAGCAGGUUCCCUGUUUUGGUUCAAGGUCCUACAUCUGCUGGUAAAACCUCCAUGAUUAAUUAUCUCGCAAAUAUUACAGGCCAUAAGUUUGUUCGUAUCAACAAUCAUGAACAUACUGACUUGCAAGAAUAUUUGGGUACUUAUGUUUCAGAUUCAACUGGUAAACUCGUAUUCAAAGAAGGUAUUUUAGUUGAAGCCUUGCGCAAAGGUCACUGGAUUGUUUUAGAUGAGUUGAAUCUUGCACCAACGGACGUUUUAGAAGCCUUGAAUAGAUUACUUGAUGAUAACAGGGAAUUGUUCAUUCCUGAAACACAAGAAGUAGUACAUCCUCAUCCAGACUUCAUGCUUUUCGCAACUCAAAAUCCCCCCGGUCUUUAUGGUGGUAGAAAAGUUCUUUCUCGUGCUUUCCGUAAUAGAUUCUUAGAAUUACAUUUUGAUGACAUUCCUCAAGACGAAUUAGAGAUUAUCUUGAAAGAGCGUUGUCAAAUUGCACCAUCCUAUGGUAAGAAAAUUGUUGAAGUUUACAAACAAUUAUCCAUUCAACGUCAAUCUUCUAGAUUAUUCGAACAAAAGAAUUCUUUUGCAACUUUGAGAGAUUUAUUCAGAUGGGCCCUCAGAGAAGCGGUAGGUUAUGAAGAGCUAGCUUCAAAUGGUUACAUGUUGUUGGCAGAAAGAGUAAGAAAAGAAGAUGAAAAAUUUUUAGUGAAGCAGACGAUAGAAAAAGUAAUGAAAGUUAAACUUGACAUGGAUGCAUAUUAUGAAAAAUUGGAAAACAAAGAAUUGCUUAAUAUUCCAUCAUCAAUAGUCUGGACCAAAGCAAUGAGACGUUUGGCAGUUUUGGUCAUGACAUCAAUAAAGUACAAAGAACCUCUUUUAUUGGUCGGUGAAACUGGUUGCGGUAAAACCACUGUUUGUCAAGUCAUUUCCAAAUACCUUAACAAAAAAUUAAUCUCUGUCAAUGCUCAUCAAAAUACUGAAACAGGAGAUAUACUAGGUGCUCAAAGACCAGUUCGUAAUAGGUUUGAAACAAGAACUAAACUUGUAAAGGAAUUGGUUGAUCUCUUUGAAAAAUUGAAUAUCACAAUUCCUUUGAAAGAAAUCAAGUUGGAAGAAAUGGUAAAGAAAUACAACGAAAUUUCUAAAGAGAAUAUAGACCCUGAUACAAUUUCUUCUAUUGAAGAAGGUAAACGUAACUGUACAAUAUUAUUUGAAUGGAAUGAUGGACCUUUGACUCAUGCGAUGAAGGAUGGUCAAAUUUUUUUACUUGAUGAAAUAUCAUUAGCAGAUGACUCCGUUUUAGAAAGAUUGAAUUCCGUAUUAGAACCUGAAAGAAGCUUGUUAUUAGCUGAAAAAGGUACUGAUGAUGCGUUUGUUCAGGCUGCCGAUGGUUUCGAGUUUUUAGCUACCAUGAAUCCUGGAGGAGAUUACGGAAAGAAAGAAUUAUCUCCAGCUUUAAGGAAUCGUUUUACAGAAAUUUGGGCUCCUUCAAUGGAAGAUUUCAACGACGUUAGACAAAUAGUCUCUUCUAAAAUAGACGAAAGAGCCCAAAAUCUCGUUUCCGCUUUGGUUGACUUUUCCGAGUGGUUUGGGAAGAAAUUUGGCGGUGGUAGUGCCAAUAGCGGUGUGAUUUCACUUCGUGACAUCUUAGCUUGGGUCGAAUUUAUCAAUUCUUGUAUUUCUAAAGUAGCCCCAGCAGAAGCAUUUCUUCAUGGUGCUGCCUUGGUAUUUAUUGAUGCUUUGGGUACCAAUAAUACUGCUUAUUUAGCUGAGGAUGAAACUAGAUUAAAUCAAGAAAAGUAUGAAUGUGUCGAAAAAUUGUCAGAUUUAACAGGGUCAGAUCUUUUUUCAAUUUACUCAGGAAGUAACCAAGUUUUGCUUGAAGAACAAAAUCUUGUUGCAGGCUCUUUUUCCAUUCCUAGAGUUGAUGUUUCAAAUUCCAAAGAUCAAUUUAACUUACAUGCUCCCACAACAGCUGCUAAUGCUAUGCGAGUAAUUAGAGCCAUGCAAGUUCAUAAGCCUAUUCUUUUAGAAGGUAGUCCUGGGGUUGGUAAAACGAGUUUGGUUUCAGCAAUUUCGAACUCCACAGGUAAUCCACUAGUUCGUAUAAAUUUAUCGGAACAGACAGAUUUAGUGGACUUAUUUGGUUCAGAUGCUCCUGCUGAAGGUGGUAACACUGGUGAGUUUGUUUGGAGAGACGCACCCUUUUUAAGAGCCAUGCAAAAAGGUGAAUGGGUAUUACUUGAUGAAAUGAACUUGGCUUCUCAAUCUGUAUUAGAAGGUUUGAAUGCUUGUUUAGAUCAUAGAGGUGAAGCCUAUAUCCCCGAGUUAGAUAAAUCAUUUGCAUGUCACCCAGAUUUCAAAGUCUUUGCUGCACAAAACCCUCAAUACCAAGGUGGUGGUAGAAAAGGGCUUCCAAAGUCAUUUGUUAACCGUUUCACUGUCGUAUACGUCGAUGUAUUAAAAUCGGAAGAUUUGAAUUUGAUUUCACAGCAUAUUUUCCCCAAUAUUGAAAGCUCCAUCUGCGAGAAAAUGAUCGAGUAUAUGUCAAAAUUGGAAGAAGAAGUUGUCAUUAAAAAAUCUUGGGGUACUUCUGGUGGCCCUUGGGAGUUCAACUUGCGUGAUACUUUGAGAUGGCUCAGUUUGUUCAAUUCGAUCAAUCUCACAGAAGACAUAAAUCCGUUUGACUUUUUCAACAUGAUCAUACGUCAAAGAUUCAGAACUGAUGUGGAUAGAGCGAAAGCUUUAGAACUUUUUGAGCUGGUAUUCGGACACUUUGAAUUCCGGGAUAACUUUUAUCAUCUUGCUGAUGAUUAUUUACAAGUAGGAGGUGCUGUAAUUAAAAGAAAGGAUAUAAUUCAAUAUGCCAAUAGCAGUAAUCCAAUUCCAUUGCAAAGUAAUUUCCCUGUUCUUGAAUCUGCUAUUAGGUGUGUCAACCUUAAUUUGCCUUUGAUUCUUGUUGGUCCAACUAAUUCAGGUAAGACAGAUCUUGUGAGAUUCCUUGCCCAUGUUGUUGGGGCUAAAGUUGAUGAAUUUGCUAUGAAUAGCGAAGUUGAUAGCAUGGACAUUCUUGGUGGUUACGAGCAAGUUGAUCUUACUAGAUCCAUUGUUGCCCUUAAGUCUGAAGUAAAAGAGAUUAUCACUGAAUUAGUGACGAUAAACUUAUCUACUUUAGAAACAGAGCCAAUUAUUUUACUUCAAUCAUUGAAGCUUAUCAAGUACAUCGAAUCAAAUGAAAUCACUACAGGAAAUUAUAACGACUUUAAUGAAUUUUUCAAUGCGUAUAUUUCAUUUUAUUCAAAUCCUCGCCUUGAUUCACUUUCCAAGGAAUCUAGAAUAUUAGCUGAAAGGAUUGAAAAAGAGAAAAGCGUCAGAUUUGAAUGGUUUGAUGGACUUCUUGUGAAAGCAGUUGAAAAAGGAAACUGGUUAGUAUUGGAUAACGCAAACCUUUGCAGUCCAUCAGUUUUGGAUAGAUUAAAUUCCUUAUUAGAGACCAAUGGUAGCUUAAUAAUUAAUGAAUGUAGUUCAGCAGAUGGCCAACCAAGAACUUUAAAACCACAUCCAAAUUUCAGAUUAUUUUUGACUGUUGAUCCAAAGUAUGGUGAAUUAUCUCGUGCCAUGCGUAAUAGAGGUGUUGAAGUAUAUAUGGAUCCAUUGCCAAGUAGGGCAACAAAAUUAGAUGCUGAACAAUUGGGUUUCUGCAAUUCAAACGACGAUAAGGAAAAAGAUAAUUUAGUAAACAGAAUGGAAACAUUAAAGGUGGACGAAAGAAACUCAUCUAAACCUGUGUUAUCAUUCAUUCCUGCUAACUCGUCAGGAUUAAGACCAUUCUCUUUGGUAAAUGACUUUUUCGUAAAAUCAGAAGCCAUAAGUGAAAGGGUCAAUGCCAUUAUGAGUGUGAUACCUUUCCUAGAGAUUGAAUCUUUCAAAUUAUUUGCAAAAACGGUCGCCUCUACCCACGAGUUUUCUCUUGAAUUCAAGAAUUUUAUUCAUGAGUUCACUCUAUCAUUGAAGUUCUUGGUAGAUAAUAAUGUUGUGGGGAAAAUGUUUAAUACUUACACAGAAGCACACGAAAGAGCUAGUAUCACUCUUAAUUGUAAUGUUAACUUUUCGAAAAAUCAAUUUAUUCACCCUCUUGUCAACAAUUACAUUCUGGCAACCAUCUCAAGGUCAUCACCACAUGUCGACUCAGCUGAACCUACCCUUUUGAUUGAAGUCGCUUCAAAACUUUUCGAGGCUUCUUCGUUGAUCCAAUCAUUAGAAGAAAGGGCCACCUCUGGGAAGAUCGCAGAUUUGUCUUAUAUUGAAAAGUCUGCAGCAUUUGAAUUAGGAAGAAACAUAAAAAAGCCACCAAGAUUAAAGAUUUAUAAUUUUGUUAAAAAUGUGAGUGAAUACAUCAAUAAAACAUUCGGUUCAAGUUUCAGCGAUGUUGCCUUUAAAAGUGAAACAGUUUACACUGCAUUAUUUGAACUUCAAAUAAUUUGGAGAAGCUUAUUUGAUGUCUCAGCUGAGCAAAAUGAAGCCAAGUUGAGAAUUUUUCAAAACUUAGUACGUAAAUGGACCGAAAAGUAUGAAAACGAUGAAUUUAUUUGUUGUUUCUUGGAUGAUUUGUUGAAGGCGGUUGAUUUAUUCGGCUCAGAUCUCGAACUCAAAACAGGUUUUUCCAUGAGUAAGAUUUGGGAGUUCUUUAGACAAGAAUAUCCUUCGUCAGAAAUGGCUUGGUCUAAUGCCAAAUUUGUGAUUGAUAUCGCCGCUGAUUUUGACGAGGUUGCUGCAAAACAGUUUAAUGAUACCACAGAAUUAGUUAAUACCUUAAGAGCUAUUAUAAUAGAUCUUUAUGAGGACGUUUUAUCGAAUAGAAUUUCAGACGAAGAUUUUAACAGUUUCUCAGAGAAACUUCAAGAUGGUAUCUCAAAGCUAAGGGUUACAUCAGAUGCAUUCAUAAACAAACGCCAGAACGAUUUCAAACAUGAGUUCACCUUGUUAUCUAACUUCUUAGAAACUUCACCCGAGUCAUCUUCAAAAGCAUCCGAAAUUUUAUCAUUAUCAGGUUUUUCUCAAAAGUCUACCAUCAACUUAUCUAAGAUCACAAAAGGACCAAAUUUCAAUCCUUAUCCGUCCAUUUUCGAUAGUUUAUUCAAUGAAAAUAGAAAAGAUGAUUCUUAUGUGGAUGGAAUAUUCACUAACGAACUUUUGAUGUCUACUUUAUUAAAGAGUGUUAACUUCGACAACCGUCCUGGUAAGUAUUUAAAACAGAAUGUCGAUGAUAUGAAUAUGCUAAGUAGAAAGAUCAUUGAAAAUUCAACUUCGUUGUUGGCAGACCAAAGAGAAUACUUUGUAUCUCUCUUGUUCUCUUGGUUUACUCUUUUGAUUGAUGCUCAUAAACAAUCAUUAAGUGAUGAAGCUCGUGAAGAAAUAAAAAAAUUGUUAAAUAACCAUGAAAUUGGGGAAGUCAAGUUUACCAAGAUCAUCGAAUUAUUAAAACAAUCCAACGACGGUCCAUUUGUAUCCAUUUUCGAAGACUACAUGGUUCCUUCGUUGUAUGUGGCUUCAGCUUCUGAUAACUUAAAAGCUCUUGGUAAAGCCUGGGUACUCUUUUCAUGUGGUGCAAUUCAAUUAUAUGUUCCAAGUUCUGCAUAUGAUCCAGCCAUUGAAGAACAUGUUGUUUAUAAAAAUUUCGAAUACCAGCAAGAAAUUUGCAGAAACCUCGCUAAGUCAUGGUCGUUUGUUAGAGAUGUAUUUAGUGGAGAAGAGCUUCACCUUGAAAAAUUAUUACCAAAAGUGGACGACUCUGAAAUCCCGAAGAAACCUAGAGUUUUUAGAAAAGAUGUUGCAAUUGAUGAUAUUUUCGAAGAAUGGAAGGCUUUAAUGGAAUCUACUGUGGACAUUGAACCUGUCAAGAAGCUUUUGCAAUCAGCUGAGGAACUGUCGAAAGACCUUUCCAAAUUUAUUGAGAUUUUCCAAAACAAUACAUCCCAAUUCCUAGCUCGAUUGAGUCUGAAUUAUUUGAUUUAUUCAGAUUUAAAUGACAUAUUGCGUGGGUAUAUAUUUGGUCUCAAACUCGGAUUUGGUCUUCUUUCUUUGGCUAACAGAAAUACCAAUGCCAUUUAUUCAUUAAAGAAAGGAUUUCUGGCUGAUGUUAUUUCCAUCACCAAUGAAGAUGAUGUCAAAAUCAUUUUUGAAAAUUCUAAAGUAUUAGCCAAAAAUGCUGGUGUUGAUUCGUUUGCUCCGGAGUACAUAAUGUUAUUUUUUAUCCAAGUUGCUUUUGCCCAUAAACAACUGAAAGAGGACCCAACAUUAAAUGGUGUUUUGGAAAAUUCAUUGCAAGCUCUUUACUAUAGAUGGACAUUGCGGAGAAUGAAGCAAGAAGAAGAAACAGCUCAACAAGGGUCUUUAUAUAAGUAUACUGAUCCUGAUGCAGACAUUGAAGGUGAUUUCAGAUCUUUGUUUCCUGAUUAUGAGGAUGUGAUAGAAGUUGAUACUGACUCCAAGAAGAAAAAUGACUCUUUCGAGAAUAUUUAUUCUAAAUUGGGUAAAUUAUAUGUCAAUCAGUUUUAUUCAAAUAACUCCAUUGAUCUCCAAACAUUGAUGGAAGACGGAUCCCAUUUGGUUAAUGUCUUGCUGAAUUUUGAGAACGAUCUCACCUAUGGUCUGAACUCAUCUUCGCUUCUUGCAACACUUGUGACUUCUUUAUCCAAAUCAUUGGAUUCUGUGAAAGAGAAAGACCAAGAAAUUAACUUCUACCGUGAUUACUCCACCUCUGAGUUUAAAAGGGCUAUUUUGAGUAUUGAUUCUGUGCACCUGGCAACUGUCAAGCUUUUGGCUCAAUGGCCUGAACAUGCUACUCUCCAAAAUAUUGUUAGAGCGUCUGAGGAAUUUUUGCUUUACCCGGUAAAUAGUCCUGUUUCUAAAUUGAUUCAAAAGGUGGAACAAAUUUAUACUUAUAUUGCAGAAUGGGAAAAAUAUGCUUCCAGCCAAGUGACCCUUAAACCUGUAUUCGAUGAAUUAACCCAAUUAAUUGUCUCUUGGAGAAAGUUAGAACUUUCUACCUGGAAAUCGCUUUUCAAAUACGAAGAUUCUGUUAUGGAAGAUAAUAUUGGAAAGUGGUGGUUUUAUCUUUUUGAAACAAUAAUCAUUCCUUGUUAUAAUAUGGAAGAGUCAGAUCUGAAUGGCGUUGUCAAAUUAUUAUCCGCUUUGAAUUUAUUUAUGAGUCAAGCUACAUAUGGUGAAUUUAUUCCCAGAAUUAACUUGAUCAAAGCAUUCAAAAAUCAUGUUAACAUUAUUGCUGCAGAUAGUUUAGUAUUCAACGCACUUGCGAACUUCAUUGACUUUUAUGAGCAAUUCACCUCUACAAUCAUUUCUAACAUAGAAAAUGGAAAGAAAAAACUCGAAAAAGACGUUUCUGAAGUUAUUCUUCUCGCUAGUUGGAAGGAUGUGAAUAUUGAUGCCCUUAAGCAAAGUGCUCGUCGUUCUCACAACAACCUUUACAAGAUUGUUAGGAAAUAUCGUGCUUUGUUAGCUACGGCUGUUACUCCGAUGAUUGAACAAGGUAUUAGCUAUGAAGUUCCGGUUAAUGUUCAUUUAAGAGAUAUAUCCAAGGCCAACUCACUGGUUAAUAAUGCUUCCGCGAGUGGGUUAUUAUGCAAAGAAUUGUCCACUUGGUCUGAAAGACCUGCCCGUCUUCAAAAUAUUUCUAUAAUUGAUAAAAAUAUGUCAGUAUAUGUGUCUCGAAUUGCAAAUGAGGAACUUCCAAGCUUAGAAGAGUUUACUCAAGAUGUUGUCCUAGAAAUGGAACGUUUACGCAAAGAAACUCCAACAGUUUUGAAUGAUAAAACUAAGAAAUUGGUUGCCACUUUGAAAACCCAGAAAAGAAAGUUAUUGAGUGAUACUUUGCGUGAAAUCAGAAGACUGGGAUUGAAAAUACAUCACAGACAAGACAUUCAGAGCGUACAGGCGACAGUUAAUUUGAUUUUAGGUAACAGCUCUACUUUCGAAAAAGGGUUACUUAAAGGGGCUGAUGCAUACUAUUACAGAUUAUUGGAUCUUCUUCCAAGAUUAAGAGCUUCCGUCUCCACAGUUGCGGAAGAUGUUCCUCAAGCGGAUGCUGAAAAAGGGCUUGCUGCUGUUGAAAAUCUCGUCUUUUCAUUGAUCACAACUCGUAGCCCAUUAUCUGAGUUAUCUGAUUCUGUUGAAAAGAUCAACGAGAUUUACAGAAGUUUUGAAAAAAUCUCGACUUCUGUUGAUGAUAAGGAUUAUUUGAUCAAGGCAUCUGUUGUCGAUUCUGUUUCGCUUAAUUUGGAUAUGAUAAAAAGGGCUGUUUACUGGUUGCCAAAAAUUGCAGACUUUUCUAUUUCUGCUAUUAAUGCUGGUACUUCCUUCAAUGUAUCUUCAUCUUCUACAGUAUUUUAUGAAAUAAGAAAUAAGGCAGAGGAAUUUGCAGAAAAAUUGAAGCUCUUGGAUAUUUAUUCUAUGAAUAAGGUAACUAUUACCUUUAUAGAAGAAUUUAGUGCUUUCUACAAUGAAAUUUUAUCUAAGUUGAGUGACUGGAAAAAUGAAACCAAGGGAAAUUCGUUUAUUGCCGAUCUUGUCUUGAAAUGGGUUAGUGAAACCAGAUAUAUCCCUUUUAUUGAUUCUUCCACUUCUCUUAGUCAAAUAAAAAUAGUAGAGGAUAUUGAAAAAGCUUUCAGAGAUUUAUCAAACGCUAUUCUUGUAUCUGUCCAAAGAGUUAUUGAAUGUCAAACCGAACAAAUAACAGAAGAAGAUGAUAACUGGUUAGUUCUUUCUCAACUGCGUUUGUUCAAAUACAUCAAAUCUUCCCAUCAUAAACGUAUACUUGAAAAAAUGGAAUUCUGCUUAGAUGUUAUGAAGAAGGUCGAAUAUAAUGCUAAAACCUCUGAAUUGGCUGCCGCAUUAACUUCAUUUACACUUCCUCUCAUUUACCAUUAUGCUACGUUGACCACCAAAAUUUUUGAAAAAACAAGGGAUAAUUAUGUCACUAGUUCUAAAAGUACUUUCAUAUUAUCAAAUACUCUUUACACAUUAGCAACAAAAGGUUUCUGUUCGCCAGAUGCACCAAAUGAGCAAAAGGAGGACAAUAACUUGCACGAUGGUACUGGUUUAGGUGAUGGAGAAGGUGCUGAAAAUAACUCCAAAGACGUGGAGCAAGAUGAUGACCUAACUGAAGAUGCUCAACAACCAAAUGAGGAAAACAAAGAAAAGGACGAAAAUGAUGACGAAAAUGAUGAUGCUGUUGACAUGGAAGGUGACAUGGCCGGUAAUUUAGAAGAAGCUUCUGAUCAAGAAAAGGAAGACGAAGAUCAAGAAGACGGAGAAGAAGAAGAAUUGGAUGAAGAAGUUGAUGACAUUGAUGAUCUUGAUCCUAAUGCUGUAGAUGAAAAGAUGUGGGAUGAAGAAGCCAAAGAAGAUAAUAAAGAGAAAGAUUCUGAUAAAGUUCCUGAAAACUCCACUAAUGAUGACAAUAUGGAAGCAAACGAAGACGAAAAUGAAGGCGAAAACAACGAUAAGAAAGACAAACAAGAUGAUGAACAAGAAGGUGAACAAAAUGAAGAUAAUGAUGAGAAUGAUGACAACGAAAAUUCAGAUGACGAGGGUAAAGAUGUUGGAGAACAAGAAGAUGAGGUGAAGAAUGAUGAAAAUGAACAAUUAGAAGAACAUGUUCCAGAAACUGAAACUUUAGAUUUACCUGACGAUAUGAAUCUUGAUGGUGACGAAGAUAAGGGAGACAACGAAGAAGAGGAGAAUGAAGAAGAAUUUGAUGACAAAAUGGAUGUCGAUGACAAAAAAGAUGAUAAAGUCGAAGAAGAUGAGGGAAAUGAAGAACAGGACGACAAUGCUGAAGAUAUGGAAGCUGAGCCUGCGGAUAAUGAAGAUGAAAAUAUGGAAGAAGAUGCGGAAAAAGAAGAUGAACCUGACAAUGGGGAAUUAGGAAUCAACGAAGAAGAAGGAAUGGAAUCGGAAGAAGAAGCAGUUGGUAAUGAAGAAGAAGAUAAGAAACAAGAAGAAGGUGGUAAUGAUGAAGAAGAAGGACAAGAUAAGGCUGAAGGGGUUGAUGGUGCCAAUGACAACAAUGAUAAUGAAGAUUUUGAUCAGGAUGCAGCAGUUCAAACUGAAUCUGGUGAAAAAGGUGAAGGUGCUGACAACCAAGUUUCUGAAGAAAAUGAUGAUAUUGGAGCUACCGGUGGUGCAUCGAUGAAUGAUCAGCAAAAAGAGACAGAAGAUCUGACCACACAAGAUGAUGCCAGGGAUUUGGCUAAAGAAUCCUUAAAAGAGUUAGGUGAUUCCUUAAAAGAAUUCCAUCGUCGUCACCAAGAAAUCAAGGAAGCUGCUCAAGAGGAAAAGGAGGAAAAAGUUGAUCAAUCAGCUAAUGAAAGACCUGAUGAAUUCCAGCACAUUGAAGGUGAAAAUACAGACUUCGAUACACAAGCUCUUGGAGCUGCUGAUAAAGAACAGGUACAAUCGAUUGACGAAGAUAAAGCAAUAGAUGAUGACGAACCUACUAAAGAAAAAGAGAAAGACGUCAAAGAAGAAGCUAAGCAAGAAGAUGAAAACGAUAUGGACGUCGAUCAAAAUGCUGAAGAAGUCGGUGAAAAUGACGCUGAGAUGGAUGAAGAUCCUGAUUUUGAAGGCAAGGCUAAAGGUGGAUUUAUUGGUGAAAGAAUUAAAUCAGAGGAAGAUAAUGAGUUAAUUAUCAAGUCUGAGUUUGAUGAAGAAAAAUUCGAUGGUCAUUUUGAUGAUAACAUUGACGAUAUUGACAUUAAUGUUGACUUCAAUGAGCCACCAAGAUCAAUGGAUGAAGCUCGUGAGUUAUGGAAAUCUAGUGAAUUAGCAACUCAAGAAUUAGCCUCGGGACUUUGUGAACAAUUAAGAUUAAUUUUGGAACCUACUUUGGCUACAAAAUUAAGGGGAGAUUACAAGACUGGUAAAAGAUUGAAUAUGAAGAGAAUUAUACCAUAUAUUGCGUCUGAAUUCCGUAAAGAUAAGAUCUGGCUAAGAAGAACUAAACCAUCUAAAAGACAAUAUCAAAUUAUGAUUGCGGUUGAUGAUUCCAAAUCCAUGAGUGAAAGUAAAUCUACUGAAUUAGCAUUCCACAGUAUUGCAUUAGUAUCCAAGGCUCUUACUCAAUUAGAAAGUGGAGGCUUAUCUAUUGUUAGAUUUGGGGAAGACGUUAAAUUAGUACAUCCAUUUGACAAACCAUUUAAUAAUCAAGAAACAGGAACGAAAAUAUUCCAAUGGUUUGAUUUCCAACAAACCAAAACCGAUAUUAAACUUUUAUGUAAUAAAGCCUUGAAAAUUUUUGAAGAUGCAAGAUCUAGCUCAAAUACCGAUUUAUGGCAAUUACAAAUUAUAAUUUCUGAUGGUGUUUGUGAAGACCAUGACACUAUUCAAAGUAUGGUUAGAAAAGCAAGAGAAGAGAAGAUUAUGUUAGUCUUUGUUGUUAUUGAUGGUAUCAAUUCCAAUGAAUCGAUCAUGGAUAUGUCACAAGUUAGGUAUGAGCAAGAUCCAAAUACUGGAGCAAUGAAUUUGAAAGUUGAUAAGUAUUUAGAUUCAUUCCCAUUCGAAUUCUAUGUUGUUGUUAGAAAUAUUAAUGAACUUCCAGAAAUGCUUUCUUUGAUUUUAAGACAAUACUUCUCUGAAGUUGCAUCAAUUUAAAAGUAACAAAAAAAAAAAAUAAAACCAAAAAAAUUACAUGUAUAUAAGUUUUGUAUAAUAGAUUAAUUAUAAUUUACAUUUGUUUUUAUUAGA